AUGGACGGUUGUGAAAUGGGCCCCGACUUCCUCUCGUACUCUGCGGCGCAAACGCAGUGGAUGGAGGCAGUGUCAGGCGUGCGGGCUGUCCGGUGUGUGCCCAUCGAUCCACACGCUCGACUUCUGCGCCUUAAUUCGGAACACGCGCACGACUGCCUAUUGGGCGCCUCAAGGAGUGUGUUCGCGGGCACGGUGAUUUUGGACGGAAUGGUGUCAGUCAUUGGACUACUGCAUGCCCGACCGCAUUCCGCCGCACCACCUUGGCCCGGCGCCCGGACUGGCGGAGCUCACGCGAUCUCAACAGGGGUAGCUGGGUGCUCACAUGACCCCACCGAGGACCUGACUCGAGUAAUGCCCCAACCACCACCACCACCGCCGCCGAUGUCACUCAAGCACAGCAACCAUACAAAAAGAAAUCAGUAA